UCGGAUACCGCAGAGCGUUCCUCUAGUUAAACACACCUUUUCUUGGAAUCCUUUUUUUGCCCUCUAUUAGCCAAGGAAAACUUUGCAACUUUGCUUCGCUGUCGGAGAGGAGCCGCCGCCGCUGCUGCGUUUCAUUUUGUUUUUUUAAUUCGAGGUCACGUGUGCGCUGACAGUGUCUUUGAUUCCAAGCGAUGGUCUCGUCUCCAGCUUAGGAAGAGCUUUUGAGCUCUUCCCUCUGUUGUUUUCUCUCUGUUCAGGAACAAAGAGAUUUUUUCUGCCUUUAAUUAAAAGGAAUAUUAAUUCCCCGCUCCUUUGUGGAGCGACUCGAAGACACUCUGCGAACGCCCGUCUGCUCGGCGCCGCGGUGGGCGAGCUGUGCCGCGGUGCGGGGCAUGGAGGAGCGGGGGAGCCAGCCCGAGAGCCCGCGGCACACACGGAGCAGCAGCCGCGGAGGAUGCUGACAGCCUCGGCGCUCGGGUGAGCAGCCCAUGGAGCCGAGCUGCCGCCUGGGGCGGGCUCUUGGACCCUCGGAGGUUUGUGAGGCAGGAAUCCUGCCGGCAGUUUGCACACAGGGAGAGGUUCCGUGCCUGGGGAGGCGAGUGGAGGCGAGCCGGGCUGUGCCAGGGGGGUUUGCCCUGCCGGCUGCCUCCCGUGCUGGCAGAUAACGCGGAGACGCCGCCAUGCCCGACUCGCCGGCCGACGUGAAGACGCAGGCGCGCUCCUCGCCGCCCAGCAUGCCCCCGCCCGCCGCCCAGGGAGCCUCCCGCCACCCCUCCUUCACUCCCAGCACCAAUCGAGACGCUGGCCCUCCGACGUUUCUGCCUCGCGGCCGUUUUCAUGGUUGCUUGAAAUGGUCGAUGGUCUGUCUUUUGAUGAACGGGAGCAGCCACUCGCCAACCGCCAUCAAUGGGGCUCCGUCCACCCCCAACGGGUUCAGCAACGGGCCGGCCACCUCCUCCAGCGCCUCCCUGUCCACCCACCAGCUCCCUCCAGCCUGUGGUGCCCGCCAGCUCUCCAAGCUGAAGCGCUUCCUCACCACCCUGCAGCAGUUUGGGAACGACAUCUCCCCCGAGAUCGGGGAGCGGGUGCGCACCCUCGUCCUGGGGCUCGUGAACUCCACCCUCACCAUCGAGGAGUUCCACGCCAAGCUCCAAGAGGCCACCAACUUCCCUCUGCGACCCUUCGUCAUCCCCUUCCUCAAGGCCAACCUGCCUCUGCUGCAGCGGGAGCUGCUGCACUGCGCCCGCAUGGCCAAGCAGACCCCGGCCCAGUACCUGGCCCAGCACGAGCAGCUGCUGCUGGACGCCAACGCCUCCUCUCCCAUCGACUCCUCCGAGCUGCUCCUGGAGGUGGGCGAGAGCGGCAAGAGGAGGACGCCAGACAGGACCAAAGAGAACGGUUUGGACCGAGACCCCCUGCACCCCGAGCACCUCAGCAAGCGGCCGUGCACCAUGAGCCCAGCGCAGCGCUACAGCCCCAGCAACGGGCUGAGCCACCCCCCAAACGGGCUGGGGCACCCCCCCGCCGGCCCCCCCCUGCCCCAGCACUACCGCCUGGAGGACAUGGCCAUGGCACACCACUACCGGGACAGCUACCGGCACCCCGAGCCCCGCGAGCGCCCGCGGCCCGCCGCCGUGCACGGGACGCGGCAGGAGGAGGUGAUCGACCACCGGCUCACGGACCGGGAGUGGGCCGAGGAGUGGAAGCACCUCAACAACCUGCUGAACUGCAUCAUGGACAUGGUGGAGAAGACGCGGCGCUCGCUGACGGUGCUGCGGCGGUGCCAGGAGGCCGAUCGCGAGGAGCUCAACCACUGGAUCCGGCGCUACAGCGACGCCGAGGACAUGAAGAAAGGCAGCCCCCCCUCAGCACGCCCCCACAACUCCUCCUCCUCGGCCGCCGCCGAGGCUCCCCAGUUAGACGCUCACCGGGACUUCGCGCCGCGGCCGCUCUCUGGGUACAUGCCCGAGGAGAUCUGGAGGAAGGCUGAAGAAGCCGUGAACGAGGUGAAGCGCCAGGCCAUGUCCGAGCUGCAGAAGGCCGUGUCGGACGCCGAGCGCAAGGCCCACGAGCUGAUCACCACCGAGCGCGCCAAGAUGGAGCGGGCCCUGGCCGAGGCCAAGCGCCAGGCGUCCGAGGAUGCCCUCACCGUCAUCAAUCAGCAGGAGGACUCGAGCGAGAGCUGCUGGAACUGCGGGCGGAAGGCGAGCGAGACGUGCAGCGGCUGCAACACGGCGCGCUACUGCGGCUCCUUCUGCCAGCACAAGGAUUGGGAGAAGCACCACCACGUCUGCGGGCAGACUCUGCAGGGGCUGCCGGGCCCCGCCGCGCCCGGGCCGGGCCAGCCCGACGCGGUGCCCGCCGUGGCCAGCAGCCCCAGCGAGGCGGGCUCGGUGGCCGCGUCCCGCGCCGGCACCCCGGCCACGCCGGCGCCGCUGGACAGCGCGUCCCGCUGAGCCGGAGCCGCGCGCUGACUGACUGACUGCACCCCGUGCAAUUUCCUCAGCUACCUGACUGACUCGUGUGACCUCCGAAACGACCUCUCUAGCUCUCACAACUAAUCCUCACGGAUCCUCAAACUGGGCUUUAAGUGGAGUUAAGGCAAAUACCGGUCUCUGUUCUUUCUUCAGUCUUUGUUUUUGGCUUUUUUUCGGUUGGUUUUCUAUCGGUUGGGGGAUUGUGGUUUGGGAUUUUUUGGGUUUUUUGGCUGGUUUUGUUUUUCUUUUUUUGCUCUUUGGAUGAGGGAUUUGGCUCCAGCAUCACCAAGCAGUGCUGUGGGGAGAGACCAGCCUGAUCCCACCCCCCAUCAGCGCUGCCGAGGGGCUUACUUGGAGGAGGAAAGAACCUUCUUUUCUUCAUAUCUCUCUUCCUAUUUUUUAAUUUUUUUCUUUUUACCUUUUUUUUUUUUGUAAAAAAAAAUAAAGAAAAUAAAAAAGAAAA